AUGACGCCGAGGGACGCUCGAGUUGUAGGCACACCUUUAGUGGCUCCGGGUUUCGAGCGACCAGUCGGCCUGUGGCUAUUAGGCUGCAGCGGUCUCAUCUUCGGCCUCGUCUGUUGGGGUGGCUACACAAGACUAACGCGCAGUGGGCUCUCUAUGACAGACUGGAGGUUCCAGGGGAAGAAACUUCCCCAGACACCCGAGGAGUGGGAAGUGGAAUUCAACCGGUACAAGGAGACGCCGGAAUACCAGCAAGUUCACCACGGGAUAACCCUGGAGGAGUUUCAACAAAUCUAUUUCAUCGAGUGGUUUCACCGCAUGUUUGCUCGGGCCACAGGUCUGUUCUUCGUCGCAGGGACUGUUGGCUUCGGGGCGGCUCGAGCUCUCACAUCGCGCAUGACACUGCGGCUGGCCGGCAUGGGCCUUCUCGGAGCGGCUCAGGGUCUUGUUGGAUGGUGGAUGGUCAAGAGCGGGUUCAGCGAGCCCACAACGGAGAACAAGACGCCGAGAGUGUCUCCAUAUCGGCUCGCCUUCCACCUGGUCACUGCCAUGGCCCUCUACAGCGUGGUCCUCUGGCACGCCCUGUCGCUUCUCUACCCGCCACCCUCCGUAGCCGCUGCUGCUGCGCCGGCGCUGGGCGUAGCGGCUGUACGCGCGGCGAUGAGGAAACUCCGAUCUCGCACGUGGGCCAUGGGAGCCCUGAUAGCCACCACGCUCUGUUCCGGAGCGUUUGUGGCAGGGAACGACGCCGGCCACGCGUACAACACGUGGCCUAAAAUGAUCGACGACUGGGUUCCUCCCGAGGUUUAUGAAGUGAUGAACAAACCGCUCAAGAUCUUCGAGUCAACGCCUGUUGUUCAGUUUGACCAUCGUAUGCUCGCUUACUCCACUUUGAUUGGUUCGACGCUUCUCUACUUCACGGGUCGCAGGCUGCCUGUGCCGAAAGAAGUCAAGUUCGCACUCGGAGCGCUCCCCAGCGUGAUAGCCGUGCAGCUGUUGCUAGGCAUCACGACGCUCCUUUUCUUCGUCCCCACGGAACUCGGUGUCUUGCACCAGGGCGGUGGAAUGGCGACGCUGAGCGCCCUUGUGUACCUUUGCCAGACCCUCUCGAGAGUUUCAAGAUCGCUUCCUGUCUAG